CGGCGCUGUUAUGGUGACGCUGCGGCCCAGAUAGCGGGAGCGAGUUGUGGUUUCCUUUUCUUCCUGGGCUGGGAGAGCCGACGGCAACAUGUCGGCCUCUGCCGUUUACGUGCUGGACCUGAAGGGAAAGGAGAAUUCGAAAGCAAAAUACAGUUGGCCCUCCUUAUCCGUGAGUUCCACAUGCGCGAAUUCAACCAACUGAGAAGCGAGAAAACCUGGAGGUGCUCUUUCAGCACUUGUUGUUCAAGCAUGUCCUAAUCUGUCGGAAUUAUCGAGGAGACGUGGAAAUGUCAGAAAUAGAACAUUUCAUGCCUAUUCUGAUGGAAAAAGAGGAAGAAUGCUCUCUGACACCCAUCUUGUCACAUGGAGCAGUUCGAUUCAUGUGGAUUAAACAUAACAACCUAUACCUUGUUGCAACCUCCAAGAAGAAUGCAUGUGUGUCGCUGGUGUUUGCUUUCCUCUAUAAGGUAGUUCAGGUAUUUUCUGAGUAUUUUAAGGAGCUAGAAGAAGAAAGUAUUCGUGAUAACUUUGUUAUAAUCUAUGAGCUGCUUGAUGAGUUAAUGGACUUUGGUUACCCACAAACGACUGACAGCAAGAUCUUACAGGAGUACAUCACUCAAGAAGGUCACAAACUAGACACAGGCGCUCCUCGCCCACCAGCAACGGUUACCAAUGCAGUGUCUUGGAGAUCAGAGGGGAUUAAGUAUCGCAAGAAUGAAGUGUUUCUUGAUGUUAUUGAAUCUGUCAACCUGUUGGUAAGUGCUAAUGGAAAUGUAUUACGUAGUGAAAUUGUGGGCUCCAUCAAAAUGCGAGUGUUCCUGUCAGGAAUGCCAGAGCUGAGACUCGGACUAAAUGACAAAGUAUUGUUUGAGAACACAGGCCGAGGAAAAAGCAAAUCUGUAGAGUUAGAAGAUGUGAAAUUUCACCAAUGUGUACGGCUAUCGCGAUUUGAAAAUGACAGAACCAUAUCUUUCAUUCCACCUGAUGGAGAGUUUGAGCUGAUGUCUUAUCGUUUAAAUACACACGUCAAACCUCUAAUUUGGAUCGAGUCUGUGAUUGAGAAGCAUUCCCACAGCCGGAUUGAAUACAUGAUUAAGGCCAAGAGUCAGUUCAAACGUAGAUCGACUGCCAAUAAUGUUGAGAUUCACAUUCCAGUCCCUAAUGAUGCAGAUUCGCCCAAGUUUAAGACCACCGUGGGAAAUGUGAAGUGGGUGCCAGAAAGCAGUGAAAUUGUGUGGUCUAUCAAAUCAUUUCCAGGUGGGAAGGAGUAUCUGAUGAGAGCACAUUUUGGGCUUCCUAGUGUGGAAGCUGAAGAUAAGGAGGGGAAGCCCCCGAUCAGCGUGAAGUUUGAAAUUCCCUAUUUUACCACUUCAGGAAUACAGGUUCGCUACUUAAAGAUCAUCGAGAAAAGUGGCUACCAGGCUUUACCAUGGGUUCGUUAUAUUACUCAGAAUGGAGACUACCAGCUGAGGACACAGUGAAGCAAGAUAGCAACUGAAAAUUGAUUGGGAGAAGGGAUCUGAUUCAAUGGAUUGUAUUGGUGUAUUCAUCAUGUUUCAGGUCACUAUGAGAACACUGACUUUAUGAAGAAGGUAAAGCAUGUUAAAUGCACUCAUUCAAGGACUGAAAGGAAAACAGGCACAGUUUGUCCCCUUGUCUCUACCCCAUCCAUCCUGAUGCCAUCAUCAAAUCUUCCUCUUACUCCUUGGUCCUUAUGAAUAAGUAGGCUAAGUUUUUUUUUACUUUGUCAAUGAGCAACUGAGCGAAUAAAACCAUCAGCCUGAAUUUCAGUUUGAACUUUAAGCACUCACUUUGAAUGUUCUUGAUGAGUUCAGAUGUUGUUCUCUUUGCUCAACAAUUGUGUAUUGAUGUGAGUAGCAUUUUCAUUGCCUGAAAGUUAUGCGCUAUGUGUAUUAUUUUGUUUCAAUUACCAAGUGCUGCAUUAAAAUCAAACACCCAUGGUCAAGAUGGGGGAAAGUUACCCUUCCUUUGACCUCCAUCUAAUUUUAGACAGGUACAAAGGAAAUACACCUACAAAGCCAAGAACAGCAUACUCACAAGGGUAAAAAUAUUCUCCAGGUAUCCUCCAAAUCUGUUUUUUUUUCUGUGGAAUAUAACAAAAUUCAUAGUUAUAAUGUAACAGUUGUCCUCAGAGGUUUAAGAACUAGUAUAACUUUCAUUGGAGCCCAUUCAAAUUGGCCAAUAGACAGUGGAGUUUGAAUUUUGCAUUAUUGUCCAUUACUAACUUCAGCUCUGAGUUGUAGCUACCCAGGGCAGAUCCAGUUUGCCACAGAACCAAUACUUGCCUGUCUCAAUCUCUGCUGCUCCUCUAAUCCCUCCGCCAAUCACAUCACACACCUUUUCUUCCCACUAAGUCUGCCUUUCAAUAUCAAAUAUCCAAAUUCAGCCCACCUUUGUCUCCAAGAAGGAAAUGCAUUAAUUUGAUUUUUGAAGAGAACAGUAUUAACUUUAUUGUUGUCAUACCAUUACAACUGCUAAACAGAGCCACUGCUAUGUGCACCCCCAGUCAGAACAGAGCUGAUUGUGGUCUCUCUGUCAGUACAAAACAAUAAGAGAUCAAAAAUAAAAGUCCUCAAACAACAGGUAACAACCGACUGGCUCAGUAGGUCACUUCAAAGGGGGUGUUGUCAACAGUUGUAUAUUUUGUAUGCUGCUGUGUUUUUAGAUGUAUACUGUGUGUGUAUGUGUGUGAAAUCUAUAUAAAUGUUUAAAUACAGUGUUAGAAAGAGUGCAAUUGUUCAGUAGAUCCUAUCAUUGAUCCUUAACAUUUUGUAUAUUUGUAUUGUUAGGUUAGACUGCAUUAUCUAGCACCACCAUGACUGUGCCAAGACUGGCCAUGAAAGCAGGAACCCAUUGAGUUUUUGAAUCCUCUGCUGGCUGAAUAGCCAGUUUUAGGGCACAUUUGGUUGAGACAGUGGGGAGCUGCCACUGGUGUAGCACCAUGAGCCAACACUACUCUAUGUGUGUUGCCUUUUAGGCCCAAUAUAGGCAUGGGGUUGUCUAGUAAUCUCCACAGGUACAGCUUUUCAAUAACUCAUUCUUUUGUGAUACUGUAGAAGGUUCUCUCUCCAUAGAUGAAUUAACCCAGUAUGGAACAAAAUAUUUCAGAGAAUUGAAAAGGAAGGAGGUGUAUAUUUAUUUCUUGAUGGUGUGUUUGCAAGUCUUUGUCCUUGGAUGUUAGUGUAGUCCUCCAGCAAACUGGU